AUGAAUCCAAAUAAUCAAACUAUGAAAGAAGACUUUAUUUUACUAGGACUAACUAAUGAUCCCAAAACAAAGAUUGCCCUUUUUGUGAUAUUUACUUUGAUAUACGGAACCUCUUUAUUAGAAAAUGCAGUUCUGAUUGUGCUUACACAAAGUACUAGUAAGCUACUGACACCAAUGUAUAUGUUUAUAUGCAAUCUAUCACUCUUGGAUAUCACUUUUACAUCUGUUACUGUUCCAAAAAUGCUGUCUGGACUCCUUGUGAAUUAUAAUUACAUAUCCUAUAUUGGGUGUUUCACUCAACUCUAUUUCUUUCACUUCCUGGGCAGUGCAGAAUGUUACCUUUUAAGCAUUAUGGGUUAUGACCGGUAUGUGGCAAUUUGUCAUCCACUACGGUACUUUCAGAUUAUGAGUCAAACAGCCUGCAUUAAAUUGGCAUCUAGCUGCUGGAUAAUUGGAUUCUUCUAUUCAAUGGUUCAUACAAUAUUUACGUCAAGAUUAUCAUUUUGUGGCUCCAGAGAAGUUAAUCAUUUCUUCUGUGACAUGCCACCAUUAUUGAAAUUGUCCUGCACAGAUACAAAAAUGAAUGUUAUUGUCAUUUUGGGAUUGGGGGGUCUUGCAGCUGGGGCGUCAUUUUUAUUGACUUUAAUAUCUUAUUUUUUUAUAAUUUCUGCAAUUCUUCAGAUGCGCUCUAAAGAGGGAAGACAUACUGCAUUUUCCACUUGUGCAUCUCAUCUGACAAUUGUAUUAAUAUUCUACGGUACUAUCGUUAUCAUGUAUCUAAGGCCUCAGUCAAGCUACUCAAUGGAGCAUGAUAAAAUGCUCUCUGUGUUUUAUAAUGUAAUAACUCCAAUGUUAAACCCAAUGAUCUACAGCAUGAGGAACAAAGAGGUCAAGAAUGCUUUUAUAAAAUGUUUUAGGAGAAUAUUUAAAAAAUAA